AUGAGCGAAAGGAGGCGCUCGGCUGUGGCCCUCAGCUCGCGAGCGCACGCCUUCUCGGUGGAGGCCCUGAUCGGCUCCCACAAGAAGAGGAAGCUCCGCGACUGGGACGGCAAAGGCCUGGAUUUGUCCAUGGAAAGCCUCAGCCCCGACGGGCAACUGCCAGACGGCGACGACCCAGCCCAGUGCCUGGACCUGAACCCCGAUUCAGAGCAGAGCACAGGAUCCGAAACUGAAGUGCUGGCAGAGAGGACAUCCUGCUCGUUCGGUUCCCCAUCGGACCUCCCAUCAAGCAACUCGCUCUCUCAGUCUCUGCCUGCCUCAUCCAUGGAGGAGAUCCAAGUGGAAUUGCAAUGUGCUGAUCUCUGGAAGCGAUUCCAUGAUAUUGGCACCGAAAUGAUCAUCACCAAAGCAGGCAGGAGAAUGUUUCCUGCAAUGAGAGUGAAGAUUACAGGAUUGGACCCUCACCAGCAGUACUACAUAGCCAUGGACAUUGUACCUGUGGAUAACAAGAGAUACAGGUAUGUGUAUCACAGCUCCAAGUGGAUGGUAGCGGGAAAUGCUGACUCUCCUGUGCCUCCGAGGGUCUAUAUUCACCCUGACUCACUGGCAUCUGGAGACACCUGGAUGCGGCAAGUUGUCAGUUUUGAUAAACUCAAACUGACCAACAAUGAGCUAGAUGAUCAAGGCCAUAUAAUCUUGCAUUCAAUGCAUAAGUAUCAGCCACGCAUCCAUGUUAUUUGCAAAGACUUCAGCAGUGACUUGUCUCCCACAAAACCAGUCCCCACAGGUGAUGGGGUGAAAACCUUCCAUUUUCCAGAGACCGUCUUUACCACAGUUACCGCUUAUCAAAAUCAGCAGAUUACCAGGUUGAAAAUUGACCGAAAUCCAUUUGCAAAAGGGUUCAGGGAUUCUGGAAGAAACAGAACUGGUCUGGAGGCCAUUAUGGAAACAUAUGCAUUUUGGAGGCCCCCUGUGCGCACGCUCACCUUUGAAGAUUUCACCACCAUGCAAAAACAGCAAGGGGGCAGCACAGGCACUUCCCCAACAACCUCCAGCACAGGGACCCCCUCACCCUCGGCAUCUUCCCACCUCCUGUCUCCAUCCUGUUCUCCUCCAGCCUUUCAUUUAACCCCCAACACUUUCAACGUUGGCUGCCGAGAGAGCCAGCUUUGUAACCUGAAUCUCUCUGAGUAUCCACCAUGUGCAAGAAGCAACAUGGCUGCCCUGCAGAGCUACCCAGGCUUGAGUGAGAGUGGAUACAGCCGGCUCCAGAGCGGGUCUUCUGUUGCUGCUCAGCCAUCGGAAAACUUCAUACCUCAGCGGACUCCAACUCUGAUCUCAGGAAUGCCUGCUCCUUCUGCCCUGCCCACUAAUGGCAAAAUGGAAGCUUAUGGUGGCCAACUGGGAUCAUUCCCAACAUCUCAGUUCCAGUAUGUCAUGCAAGCUGGCAACCCCACCUCCACUUCUUCUUCUUCUUCUUCCCAUAUGUUUAGCGGUGGCCACAUGCAACAGAGUUCCUACAAUGCCUUUUCCCUUCACAACCCUUAUAAUUUGUAUGGAUACAAUUUCUCAGCUUCUCCAAGAUUGGCAGGAAGCCCUGAAAAACUGGCCACCACACAAAGCACUUUACUUUGUUCUGCUCCUUCCAGUGGGGCCUUUGGAGAGAGGCAAUAUCUUUCAACAGGGAUGGAUCACAGCAUGCAUGUGAUCAGCCCCCCCAACAGUAGCCAGCCUACAGCCGGCCCUUGUGAGAAUAGGCAGUAUGGGGCUGUCACAGGAUCUUCUUCACAAAUGUCUAUGCACAUGGUUUAA